AUGAAAGCACGCGAUGAGACCUUGAAGCAUUAUCUGAACAGCUCGGUGUUUAAACUCGACUUGAUUUCAAUGAUUCCAACGGAUUUCAUCUAUAUUUACAGUGGACCAACACCCAUCUGGAGGUUGAACAAACUUGCAAAGAUUCAUUCUUUCUGGCAGCUAUUUGACCUACUCGACAACUCUUUCUCUUCGCCGUCGGUGAUUCGGGUAACUCGUACGCUGUCGUAUAUGGUCUAUAUAAUCCAUUGCAACAGCUGUGUGUACUACCUGCUUAGUGCUUGGCAGGCCUUCGGCAAUGCUUACAUUCGUUGUUUCUACUUUACGGCUGCCGUAGCCACAUCAACAGGGAACAAUCCGGCUCCUACGAAUGUUAUUGAGUAUGUGUAUAUGACUUGCUCGUGGAUGAUGGGAGUAUUCGUGUUCGCGCUUCUUCUUGGACAGAUUCGAGACAUUGUCUCGAACGCCAAUCGAACGCGAGAGGAAUAUCGUCGACAAAUGGAUAUGGCGCUCUCUGAAUGUAAACGGCUUGGUUUGUCGAAGGAGCUGACGAACAGGGUUCGCGACUGGUUCAUUUACACCUGGGAACAGCAGAAAACCCUCGACGAAAAGAAACUUAUCGACAAAUUGCCCUUGAAAUUGCAGACGGACUUAGCCCUUUCAGUGCACUACAACACGCUCAGCAAGGUUCAACUUUUCCAGGGUGACGUCGGUAAGGAAAUGUACAUCGUAAACCAGGGAGUGCUGCAAGUAGUUGGAGGCGAUAAUAACGAGAAAGUUUUCGCCGAACUUGUGCAAGGAUCGGUGUUUGGCGAGAUCAGUCUACUCGCUAUUGGAGGCAACAACCGUCGAACCGCCUCAAUACGAGCGAAGGGUUAUGCAACAUUAUUCGUACUGGCAAAGGAGGACCUCAACGACGUCAUCAAGUACUAUCCUCAAGCUCAAGUCCUCCUCAAAAGGAAGGCUGCACAAAUGCUAAAAAAUGACAAGAAUACCAAAACAGUGGCUAAGGAAAGCCGUGAUCUUCAAGAAACUUGUCGGAUUUCGGGUCUUGGAACCCCCAGAAUGCUGCGCGUAGUCGCUGAGAGAAAACGACAUCUACCCUCAUAUCCAUGGUCUACCAUCAACGACGAGGAGCUUUCGGAUGAUUCUGCAUUCGAAGGUUGCUCAGAAGAGGAGGAUGCAGAUGAAGACAUCGAGAUCAACGCAGAGACAUCCAUGCGGCGUACAGAGUUUGACGAUGAAAACGACAACGAACAUAAAUCAAGUGGUUGA